AUGUCAGUCUCGUGGAGGAGCGGCCGUGUGCCUACAUACAUGAGUACAUGGUGUACCACACACACAGCACCCGUAUCAGCAUGCGACACAAUCGUGGGACUACCAUGUAUGGAGAUGCAGGUACAUGCGAGACGGGCAGAAUCAGCCUUGUGGCCCUUUGGGCAUGGUGCUCCGCUGCCCCAGCCUGGGGCGGGAGGUUCAUGCAUCAUCCAUGUCUGUCUGUCUGGCGGCGGAGACGCUACGUAG